AUGCCUGUCACCGAUCUUCCCGUUGAACUCUUUCUCGAUAACAUCCUUCCACUACUGGCGCUUUCCGACCUCUUUCGGCUGUCAUGUACCAGUCGACUUUUCUAUUUACUUGCAUCCGAUGAGACUCUCUGGCACAGGAAGCUCCAGGAUGACUUCAACUUCACUGGAUCAGAGACGGCGCGAAACACGGGCUGGAAGUUUCUUUACAAACGUCUCGCAAACCCCAAAGUCUAUGUAUGGGGGGAGAAGAGUCAUGGUAGACUGGGAAUGAUCAAGUUUCCUCAAACUCAUGUCCUAGAGGGCGUCCCGUAUCCGGUCCACUUGAAGAUCCCUGGUGCUCGUAUCAUCAGCUUGGUUGCUGGUGGCAUGUCGUUCCAUGCCCUGGAUUCUCGCGGCAAUAUCUACGUCUGGGGCACACUUGAUGGGACUAAUUUUGCCUUGCGAAGUGAGGGCUAUUCUUCGCCCGGCAAGAGGGCUGAGCAGCCAAUGCGCCUCCAGCUUCCAGUCCCAUUCCGUAACAUUAGUUGCGGAAGAUUACAUUGUACGGCUAUAGAUGCUUCCUCUCAGGUCUGGAUCUUCACCUCUUGGGGUAGGCCUUUCCGCAUCGCCUCUCCUCUUCUGGACAAGUCCUCUCCGGAAACCACUCCACUCCAAAUUGAAAGCGGGUGGUCAUUUUCCUCCGUCCUCACGCAGUCUGGCGAUGUCCUCGUGUACUGGCCAUUCGAUGGCCGCACACAACAGGUGAUUGCUACUACGAACGAAGAGCUUGACCAAAGCCCAUCGCCUGCGACAAGAGCCAGAGUUUCCGCCACAGAACCUGACGUGAUACCUUGUCACUGGUGGGUCAUGCAAGAUGUAGAGCCGACGAGAUUGCCCGCCAUACCCACGGGGAGUCUUCCUCAGCUUCUUGGGACGGGUCUGUCGCAAGACCUGCUCGGCAAGGAAACGAAGUUGAUCAAGAUCGCCGCUUUAGACAACACUGUCAUUGGACUCACGAAUAAGGGACACGUACUUAAAUAUAGCAUGCUGCACGGUGAAGAUUCGCCUCAACAUGAUGCAUGGGAAUAUCUACCUCACUUCUGUGAACUGGGAAAAAUCAGAGCGCAUCCGGUAUUUUCUCCUCGGGAACCUAAAGACGCGCAGAGUCGCCUCGAGCCGCUCGAGAUCAUGCUCAUAACUCACAUCUCAGCCCAGUUCCAAACGUUUGUUGCGUACUCGACCGGCAGCCAAUCGGUGGUUCUCUUGGGCAAGAUUAACGAUGCUCCGACUCCACAUGCAGCGACACCCUUCAUUCCCACCAUCCUGCCCGCCCUACAAUACCGAUCUGUGAUCUCUGUCGUCCUCGGGGACUACCACUAUGGUGCCUUGACUUCCACCGGCAAGCUCCUGACUUGGGGAGCCUUCUCUAAGGGCGCUCUCGGUUUGGGUGACCCGACCAAGAUUGAGCCUGGCCAACCCGGCGGUUUCGAGAACGAACAGCGCCUUCGGGCGGCGCUCAACUCACAGUGGGCGCAUACACCACCUAUUGUGCAGGUUCCGACGGAGGUGAGGUUCGACUAUGGUGAGAGGGCGCGUGAGAAAUAUUGUUUCGCCGCCGCGGCCUCUGGGUGGCACAUGGGCGCGCUUGUCAUCGACCUAGAGCCUGAAGACGAGAGUCAGGAUGACAGCGACGCGGAGACGAGUACACAGCGGAUGCCCGGUGCUUUCCCGCAGGAGGAACCUGGGCCCAACGACCAUCAUGGCCCAGGAGAAUUUCCCGUCUUGCCCGUUCGAGGUGCAGGUUUUGGUGGGAUCCGUAUUGGAUUUGCAGGACGGGGAAUGCACCGAGGAAACCGUCCUGGCUUCGGAGGGGGCUAA